GACCUCCUCAUCGAACAACACCUAUCUGAUCGGGAACCAGCUCAUCGGUGCAAGUAUCAUCGAAGGGUACAUCCGCGCUAAGCUUCCUACAUAGCUGUCGUAGCAUCGAAAGUACGUGACUUUACAUACAUCGCUGUUGGACGAUGUAAACCUAACAAACCGGAACUCACAUUCGACAUCUAUUAUGGCGACAACGAGCCGCAGAUCUUCCACGGCAAGACGCUCGCGCCCAAGGUUGGGCUCCGCGAGGUGUGCGAGGCGAUCAAGAAGUACGCAUUCGUUACUUCGCCGUAUCCGAUCAUCAUCUCCGCCGAGGUACACUGCUCGCUGCUCCGGCAGAACAAGAUGGCGGCGAUCUGUGUUUGGUGAUACGCUCGUGACAGCUCCCGUGGAGGGAAAAGUGAAGAUCGAGCAGUUGCCGAGUCCGGAGGACCUGAAAGGGAGGGGUACUGCUGAAGACGAAGAGUGCGUUUUCUUCUGAGAACGAGAGCGCCGUUC